AUGGAAAGCAGCACGAGGCUUCCGAGCGCACGGUAUGUGGCGGGCGAGACGACAGCGACGUUCACGCUGGAAGGAGUGACACCAGCGGAGCUGACGGCGGACGGGACGACGACGGGGCCGUCGCCGUACUUGCUGGAGUCUACGGGCGGACAGUACGUUGACCGGGACCGGCCGGCGGCGUUGACGGCGGGGACGGAAAUGGGUGCUUUGCGGGGGUACGUGACGAGGCUGCAGGACGACAUCAACGUGUACCUAACGAAGCGGAUCCAGGCCCGGGGCGGGCGGGUGGAGGAGGACGAGGAGAAGGAGGAAGAGGAGGACGAGGCCGAAGAGUCCGAAGAGGCCAAGUAG